AUGUCAAACAGACGAUACUCUCAACCGAACUAUCAUCUUUCACAGCCAGGACACUAUUAUUAUGACAAUAAUGACGUUAGCGACGGACCAAAUGACCAAAUUGGAGGAAGUUUCGACGAAAACGAUCGUUUGCCCCCAGGAUAUGGUAAUUUAGAAAACGCCACUCUCAGGUCGGAAAUAAGUAUGUCGGUUAUCACUGAUGACACGCGCUUCAUCAGUCAGGAAAGGCGGAGAGGAUCGCAUCAUCAACAGGGACAACUAAACAUGAGCAAUACAGAUUUAUCAAUGCACAAGAGAUUGUGUGGGAUAGUUAAUGUGGAGCCUGUUAUGUGCCUUUUCUCUAUUUCUAUAGGGCUUCUUAUAACUUUCCAACCUCUCUUUACCUAUUGGGCUCGUUGUGUCGAAAUUGCUGGACAGUUAGAGGAGAAUAUCAAUGAAAACAUUACUUCAUUGUGUGCUCAGUUAUCUGCCUCUAAUGGAACUUUACAAGAUUUAGUGGAAAGUGAUAUUUCCAGCACUAAAAUCUGGCUUCAGAUUGUCGGUGGAAUUCCUACUCUGCUCAUAGCACCCCUAAUUGGUACAUGGUCGGAUCGUCGAGGAAGAAAGUUACCUUUGCUCUAUGCUAUGUCUGGAUAUGUUAUCCAAACAUUUUGCUUAAUGAUGGCAACAAUGACUUACGAAACCUGGAACGUCUAUCGAUGGUACUUCGUUGGUGAAUUUGUUUCUGGAUUGACCGGAGGAGCAUCUUCAAUUUUUGCUACUUCUCUAGCUAUUGUCACUGAUGAUUGCAGAAGUAAAUUGAGACCGGGUUCUUCAACAGUUCCUCUUCGUAUCGGGAUAGCUUCAUUUCUUCAGUCAAUAGGGAGUUUGUUGGGAGUUCUAAUCAUGAGUAUGCUUGCUGUGCCUGCCUUGGUAUCAGUCACUGGUCACAGUCAAAGUUAUGUGAAAGCAGCAUUUUUACAAUUGGUCACGGCAGUGGUGGCUCUUCUUUAUACAAUUGUUUUUGUGCGCGAAACUCAUUUUCCUCAAAAAGAUUAUUGCAGACUUAAUGAAGACUCUGAGGAUAGCACUGAAGUUGAAACCAAGAAAAGCACUUACAUAAUGUCUUUGGUGGAAGUCAUAAUGGAAAAGAGGCCCGGAUGGACUCGUCUUUGUCUCAUCUUAUCCCUCUUUUUCGUUUUUGUUGAAUUUUUAUCUUUGGAUAUGUCGAUUCUCUUCCUGUUAUUGAAAAGACCACCAUUCUCAUGGACUGACAGUACAUUCAGUUAUUAUUCUUUGAUCCGUGGAGCCAUUUUUUCUGUCGGCAUGAUUCUCUGUCCUCUUGCGUUGACAUUAGUCCGUUGGCUAGGUAAAGACAGUAUCAUGAUCAUCAUGGGCAUAUCAGCUUCUGCCGUUUCAUUCUUUGUCAUAUCUCAGGCACAAACAACUCAAGAAAUUUUUAUUACUUGUGGAUUAGCUUUAAUAAUCGGAGGAAUUGCACCCGGUUAUCGAUCUUUCUUACCUCGAAUGGUUCCCAAAGAGCAAACUGCUAGACUUCUGACAGUUUGCUCUAUCAUUAUGGCAAUUUGUCCAAUCAUAUCAUCACUGGUUUUCAAUUCCUUGUUCAAUGCGACCAUGGACUGGUGGCCAGGAUUUGUUUUCUUCAUUGGUUCUCUUAUUCAGUUCACCGUUGUUUUCGGACAAAGUAUGAUUCAUUGGCUCAUGAGACCUCAAUGGCGCUUGGAAAAAGAAAUGCGAAUUAACGAACGACUGGGAGCUAUAGCAUUUAAUGAUAACUAUCCAGCUGCCAAUAACGAAUCAGACGAAAUAGAAAGAAGUGUAUCAAAUACAGCAGUUGGAUCUGAUCUCCAAAUAGAGUGCAUGGACGACUUGAGACCUACAAGACCUGUGUAG